AUGGGGAAUACAUGUUUACAUAGAUUUGACAAUUAGAAAUAAAAAAUGAUAAAAAUAAAUGGAUAUCCUAAGUUAAAUUGUCCAAACAAGUUAAUUUUAGAGCCUAGUAUAUAAAAUAUAACAUAAAAUUUGGAUACUUUUGAAGAAGACUUUUUUAAAAGUGAAUUUUAAUUUGAUAUUUAAUCUGAUAAUCAAAGAAAUUAUAGUACAAGUAAAGUAAAAUUAGGAUCAAGCAUUGAAUAAAUCAAUAAAUCAAAAUAAAUUGAAUGUCCUUCUAAUUUCAAUGAAAAAUGUGAUUUUCAAUAAGAUAAUUAAUUAAACUUGUUUAUGAACCCUAAGAAUAAUAAUAAAAAUGUUUUUAUAUAGGGUUAGAAAACAAAUCAUUAAAAAAAAAUAAAAUAAAAGGUUUCACUAUAAAAAAUAGAAAAACCAAAAAGUAUUCUUAAAACUCAUAAAAAAUAACAUAAUUCAUCUUUUAAUAGUUUCUAAUGUGCAAAAUGCUAACAUACAGUUACUUUUAGCCUUGCUACUUGUAAUUCUAGAAAUUCAAGAUCUUUAUCACCUUUGUUAAAUUCCUAAUCAAUUGAUUUAUAACCAGUAAAUAGUAGAAGCAUGACUUAUUUAUAAUAGUUUCCUUACUUGUGA